AUGGGCCUCAAGGUGAUGCCUGCAGGCGAGCAAGACGCCGCACGGUCAGUGGCGAUUGAAAGGGUGGCGUAUGGGCGCGAUGCCAUUAGCGACAUUAUUUUCCCUGGCCCGGCUGGGGACGACUCGGACGCCGCCCGGCAGGAGCAGCUGCUCAAGAACUUGCGCGCGGAUCCCACGUCGUGUCUGUGGAUGCAGGCCGUGGACGAGGACCGGAUCGCGCAGGGCGAGCACGGCAUGGUCUGCUUCGGCAUGGGCUUUCUCUGGCCGUCGGCGCCGCCGCCGCCGACCAAGCGAGUCUGGGGUCCGGGGUCCAACCCGGAGGCAUGCGAGCAGUUCUUUGGUGGCAUGACGCGGAAGUGGGCUGAGCGAAUGGGCAACAAGCCGCAUUUUUACUUGAAGCUUCUUCAUACAGACCCGGCAUAUCAGAGACGGGGCGCCGCGUCCAUGCUGCUGCGGCACUUUGCGGACCUGGCCGACGAGCAUGGCCUGGAGUCGUACCUGGAGGCUUCGGAAGAAGGGCGACCUCUGUACGAAAAGUUUGGCUACGAGACGGUCGAAGUGUUGGUGACGGAUUUCAGCAAAUGGGGUGGCCCGGAAAGGUUUGAAAACUGCUUGAUGCUGCGCAAGCCAAACGCGGGCAGCGAGUGA